AUGGCGGCCGCCUUAUUCGCGGAUGUCGCUCGUGCGGCUGGUACGCUGAUGGAAGCCCCGAAAUCGAGCCGUCUCCGUGUUCGCGAAGAAGUAAAGGAAGGGGUGCGAGGGGCAGCGAAGGUCGCCACACUCGCAUUGAACGUCGCGGCACGGGCCACAGAAGAUGUGCCCCGCCUGCGCCCAAUCUCCACGGCUCUGGCGGAGUCCAGCCAAAAGAUCCAAACCAUGUGCGGCGACGACCCGAACUCCUAUCAUAGUGCGAUACAGAUGGAACCUGUACUUCCUUAUCUUGAAGAGACGCCCGAACAGAGCCGCUUCGACAACAGUAUCGAUUUGAAGGAGGGAAUGGAGGGAGCGAUACGCGUAGCCAUCAUCGUGUUGAGCGUGGCCAUGCAGAUGACACAGAAUGUUCCGUACCUGGGCGCAAUUUCUACGGCUCUCAAAGAGUUUGUGAAGAUCCAGAGCGAGGUUGGCCAUUGCGAGGCCGCCUGCAGAGCGACGAUGGCUGAAGCUGAAGAGAUGAGGAAGAUCAUCGAGAGAUUUCGUGCCAGAUGCACUGAGUCCGGCAAGGGCGAUUCAGUACUGAGCAGCUCCCUUCGUGAUGCGUUCACUGAACUCGAGGAGAUCGUGCUGGAAUGCAUUUUAACGCUUCAGAAGUGCAAAGUCGACUCGAAGCGCAAGCGCGACCGCAUCCGCCUCUACCUUAUGCGUUCCGAACUGACGAAGUCCAUCAAGGCGUGCUCCUCCAGGAUGUCUAAAGCAGUGCAGUACUUCAAUACAACUUUACAGGUCGACCAAAGUAUCCUCCUUGAAGAUAUCCACUCCACCAUCAAAGAGAUGCACCAGGCGCAGACGCCCGGCGUUCUCCGAACCGUCAUACCAGCGCUCUCACCGACAUGGCGCCGUCGGAUCGCCGCAGUUCGCGUCGUUCACACUCUGGCCAAAGCCGUGGCCACCGAUGAUCAUAAUGAAUGA